AUGGAUUGGUUACGCUCAGCACUCAACGAAGAUAGCAGCAGCGACGAGGAGAGCUCGCAAAAGGAUGCGGGCGCUGCCGUUGGAGAUUCUAACAACCACGUUGACCUAAACGCAUCGUCCACAUCCUCCGAACGGAAGAACGACAAUAUCGCAAACGCUGACGACGAAGACAGUGUCGAUGAGGAUAACGAAGCUGAUACGCCCCGUAUAGAUGAGGAAGGUAGCCCAGAUCGAGCGUCGUUGGACGACGACUCACCAGCGCCGCGAGGUGCCCCGGAGCCGCUGUUCUCGUUCACGACCGCCAGGCAAGCGGAGGACUACAGCAGGGCCGCGAUCGUUCGCAUAAACCCGCCGCAGUUGUCGGAGGAGGACCUGCGUGAGCUAGAGGCGCCCGCAGGCAACGACCCAUGGCACGACGACAGCCAAGCCGGUUCUACAGAGGCGCAGCCGGAGCGUGCUCGGCCGGCCGCCGGGCAAAAGGGGUCAAUGGACACGAUGGAGAUCAUGCAGUGCUUCAACAUGAUCCACAGCGGAAGCAACAUCAAACCGCCGAAACAGCGCGAUUGGUUCGGCAGCGACAUCCGCGUGACCGAGAUCAAAGCAGACGACCUGCGCAUGGGACAGAACGAGAAGAGCGCGCGCUACUCAACGUCGAAGGCGGCGCUGCUGGAGGGGCGCGCCACGUUCCAGGCGCCUGCGCGCCGACUGGAAACUGACGACGGGCACGUUUUGACCACCAACGUUAUGCGCAAGACGUCAAAGCGCAAGCAUCAGGUUGGGAGCCACUCCGCAAUACUCGCAAUUCACGUUCAGAUCAGCUGGCUGGCUGCCGAUGCGCAGGAGCGGGAGCUCGAGCUGCUGGAGCGCACGGCGCAAGCGCGCAAGACGAAGCACGAGACGCAGAUGAAAUACGGCUGGUGA